CAAUGAAAGGGCAGGUACGCGUCUGAACAACAAGGUACAAUUGAGUUGGUUUCGUUCACUCAUAACAACCUAACCAUUACGAAACUUCUAUCAAAUAAGCAAUUACAUUUUUUUGUCAAGCAAAUUCGACACUCUGUCAUUGAUCUCCAUACAAAAAUGAUUCAACUCGUUUUCAUGGACAGAUUUUGGGCAGAGUAAACCGUAUUUCCACUGAAAUCUUCAAACAUAACCCCAUUCAGUGACGGACAAUACAUUGGGAAUUGUCAUCGGAUUUGUUGGGAAACGUCAGAGAAAUGUGUGCAAUCGAAUAACGUUAGUUCGAAGUUGUUUGUCACUUCUCACCACUGUGGGGAGAAUCGAGGCUGCCUACAUUCCAUACCUCAGCCAACCAGACUCCUCCAAAAAUGACAGAGAAAAUGAUUGUGAGCACAGCCAACUACCUGUGGUCACUGGAAGAUGUGCUUGGGCACGGGGCCACAGCCAGCAUCUAUAAGGCCCGCAACAAGAAGACAGGGCAGCAGGUUGCGGUGAAGGUGUUUAACCUGGUGAGCUACAGUCGUCCAUACAAUGUUCAGAUGAGAGAGUUCGAGAUGCUCAGGAGACUCAACCACAACAACAUUGUCAAGCUCUUCUCCGUGGAGGAGCUGAAGAGUAAACAGAGUGUGUUGGUGAUGGAGUAUUGUUCAGGAGGCAGUCUGCUCAGUCUGCUGGUGGAGCCAGAGAACGUCUUCGGUCUACCAGAACCAGAGUUCCUCAUAGUACUACAUUGUGUAGUGCACGGGAUGAACCAUCUGCGUGAGAACGGGGUGGUGCAUCGGGACAUUAAGCCUGGGAACAUCAUUCGUCAGGUGGGAGAGGAUGGGAGGUCCAUCUAUAAGCUAACAGACUUUGGAACGGCCAGAGAACUAGAGGACGAUGAGAAGUUUGUCUCCCUCUACGGAACAGAGGAAUACCUGCACCCAGACAUAUAUGAGCGUGCAGUGCUGCGGAAACCCCAGCGAAAGGCCUAUGGUGUGAGUGUUGACCUGUGGAGUAUUGGAGUGACGUUUUACCACGCUGCCGCCGGUACUUUACCCUUCACACCCUACGGAGGACCCCGCAGGAACAAACCCACCAUGUAUAAGAUCACCACAGAGAAGCCGGUUGGGGCCAUUGCCGGAGUCCAGAGGGUUGACGACGGCCCUAUAGAGUGGAGCUACCACCUGCCACAGAGCUGCCAGCUCUCUCAGGGUCUGAGUGGUCAACUGGUGCCAGUGUUAGCUGGGAUACUGGAGGCUGACCAGGAGAAGUGUUGGGCAUUUGACCAGUUCUUUUCUGCCACCACAGACAUAUUACAGAGAGUCUCAGUCCAUCUGUUCUCCCUGCAACAGGCCACAACUCACCGCAUAUACAUUCACCACCACAACACGGCGGCCAUCUUCCGUGAAGAGGUGGCGUGUCAGACGGGGGUGGGGCUGGAGCAACAGCACUUCCUGUACCUGGGUCAUGACCUUUCCCUGGAGGGCUCCAUGAAGAUGGUCGACUUCCCCCCGACCUCGCCCUCCCAGCCCCUACUGCUGCUCAGCCGCGCCCCAGAGACACACGCUGAACUCCCUUACAGAGAAUCAGAGAUGCCCAUUAUCCCAUCCCGGUUUGACCUUGUGGCUGACUGCUCUUUCUGCAAGGCGAUCGUAGGAGUGGUCCAGCAGUACCUGAGGAUAAUGCGUUCCUUACAAACAGACAGAGAGGUGCUCUUACACGGAUACUACAGCUACAUUGAGAAGGUGCGUAGGGAGUGUGGCGACGUGAUACUUGGUAUCAGCACGGUCAACACGAGACUGCAGUCCUGCCACAGCUCUGAGCAAGGCUACACACACUGUGAGUGACAAGACCACGUACAC